AUGACGCAGGGCAUCAAAACGCCAACCAAGGAGAUCAACGGCGGCGACGAUCUCACCUUCUUCCAAUCUUCCAAGGCCUACAGAGAUCUGAUAACCUGGCUGCUCCAACUGAAUCGAUCCAUGUUUCCCGCCAAAGACGAGAAUGGCACAAUUCAUGAAGCGAAACUUGAUUCCCCUCCAGCAUACAGCCAUCCCGUACAGAGUCUCCGGAGUCUGAUAUCAACACUAUCGGCGCUCAUUGAUCAGGCACCUCCAGAUCAAGGACCAAGGCGGUUCGGAAAUGUGGCUUUCCGGACGUGGUUCAAGUUGGUGGAGGAUGCUGCUGCGGACGGACUAUUGGAGUCGCAUUUGAAGGAGGCUGUCAUUGAACUUGGCCCCGAGGCGUGGACGCAGCUGGUCAAGGAGUUCAAGUAUUACUUAUUGGGCAGCUUUGGAAGUGCGCAAAGACUGGACUAUGGCACUGGGCAUGAGUUGAGCUUCCUGGCAUUCCUCGGCUGUCUGUGGAAGGUUGGCGUGUUCGAAGCUGGUGAUGAGAGGUCUAUCGUGAUUGGUGUCGUCCAACCCUACCUUGAGCUCAUCCGACGACUAGUCUUAACCUAUACCCUUGAACCUGCAGGCUCGCACGGCGUCUGGGGUCUCGACGAUCACAGUUUCCUCCCUUACAUCUUCGGCGCAGCACAGUACGGGCCGGCCAUUGACCCAACGAAAGCUAGUUCGCCAGUACCAACCGAAGGCUCCCUUCCAUCCGCACCGCGUCCCACAGCAGUAACAGACAAAACCCUCGUCUCCGACUACCAGCACGCAAACAUGUACUUUUCCGCCAUCCAAUUCAUCUACGACGUCAAGCGCGGGCCGUUCUGGGAGCACUCGCCCGUUCUGUACGACAUCUCCGGCAUCAAAGAUGGCUGGGCGAAGAUCAACAAGGGCAUGCUGAAAAUGUACGCCGCGGAGGUCCUGGGGAAGUUCCCGGUGGUGCAGCAUUUCGGUUUCGGCGGAUUGUUUCGAUGGGAAUUGGAUCCAGAUGCUGCGAAAGCACAAGGCGGUGUUCAUUCGGCGCAGCAACCUCAGGUGCAAAAGGGACGAAAAGCGGAUGGACCAGCUGCCGCUUCUGGUGGAGAGGGGACGAAAGCGCCUCGGGCAAAUGCCGGCAAUGCUGCGACCGGGACAGCUAUGCCCUCGACGCGAGCGCCAUGGGCUUCAUCGGGCGGUGGUCAGUCCACGGCUCCGCGCACGGCGGCGCCUUGGGCGGCGAGUCAAAGGAUGGCUUCCAACCCCUCUCGCCUACCGCCGCCUACAAAAGCUCCAUGGGCCGGUAAGGACACUGGAUGA